AUGGCUAAAAUUGGGAUCCAUUUGUCGAGAAGGGAGACGACCGGUGGUGAGUCGGGGCUCGAUAAGUGGAGAUGGAGUUUGUGUAUGGAGAGGGUUCGGUUGACUACCGAGACAAAGGGUUUACUCGACAUAACAAUCGGCGGCCAGCUCGCCGGCCAGAUCGUGAUGGAGCUCUUCGUCGACGUUGUCCCGAAGACCGUCAAGAACUUCAGUGCCCUAUGCACCGAUAAGGGUAUUAGAAUAUCCGACAAGCCCCUCCCCCACAAGGGGUCAUCCUUCCACCGUCCUUAUCCGAUUAAGGUUGUUAUUUAG